AUGUCUCCAUCUGCCCUUACAGACCUCGAUCAGCAUGACAGGGUGCCUGCUGCUCCCAGCAAUGGUGUUCAUCUGCCCAAUGGCCAUCUUUCCACCACUGUCCUUAACGGACACGCGCGAACUGCGUUUUUGCUCGAUCGAAACCUCCAUAAAUCUUUUCCGGUAGUUGAGAGAGGUAGCGGCAGCUAUCUCUACUUGAAAGAUGGGCGUGUCAUCUUCGAUGCCACAUCGGGAGCUGCGGUCUCUUGCUUGGGACACGGAAAUAAGAGGGUUUUCAAGGCUAUCUCUGCCAUCCUAUCUACUGGCAUACCUUACCUUGCAUCUACCUUUUGGGCCUGCGAAGUCGUCGAGGAGCUCUGUAAGAAAUUAAUUGAUGGUACAGGGGGCAAAAUGGCCAGAGUUUAUCUGACAGGCUCAGGAUCUGAGGCUAUGGAGGCGGCCAUCAAGCUUGCUCGCCAAGUCUUCUACGAGAAUGAUCCAGCGACUCGUCGCGUCAACUUCAUUACUCGUGAGGGCUCGUAUCACGGUAACACGAUUGGCGCCUUGGCCAUGUCAGGACAUCCAGUGCGCCGUGCACCAUACGAGCCAUUCUUGAUGGACAACGUGCAUCAUGUUUCUGCCUGCAAUGCCUAUCGGCAACGGGCCGACGGAGAGUCAGACUCUUCAUUUGUCGCAAGGAAAGCCACUGAGCUCGAAGCAAAAUUCCAGGAGCUUGGCCCAGAGACCGUCAUUGGCUUCGUAGCAGAACCAGUCGUAGGUGCCGCUCUUGGGUGCGUGCCUUCGGUUCCGGGCUAUCUGAAAGCAAUGAGGGACGUCUGCCACAAGCAUGGCGCGCUCUUCAUUCUGGACGAGGUGAUGAGCGGCAUGGGCCGCUGUGGAACUUUGCAUGCUUGGCAAAACGAGGACGUUGUGCCUGACUUGCAGACAGUUGGGAAGGGACUGGGUGGUGGCUAUCAGCCUGUCGCGGCAGUGUUCAUCUCGUCCAGAGUUGUCAACACAUUGCUGAAUGGGAGCGGUCAGUUUGUCCAUGGACAGACGUAUCAGGGCAUGCCCGUUCAGGCAGCGGCGGCGCUCGAAGUCCAGAGAAUCGUGGAGGAGGAAAAUCUGGUUGGUAACGUCAAAAGACAGGGGUUGUAUUUGGAGAAAUGCCUUCGGUCUCGGUUGGCAGACCAUCCAAAUGUGGGUGAUAUUCGAGGUCGAGGACUUUUCUGGGGGCUCGAAUUCGUGAAGGAUAAGGCAACCAAGGAGCCAUUUGAUCCAAGGUUGGGUGUUGCACAAAGGGUGCACGAUACUGCGAUUUCGGCCCCCUUUAACAUGACCAUGUAUCCCGGUACAGGGACCGUUGAUGGAUUCAGGGGAGAUCAUGUGAUCCUGGCGCCCGCGUAUAAUGUUACCGAGGAGGACAUCGAGCAUAUUGCCCAGGUUACUUCGAAUGUUGUCCAUCAAGUUUUUCGAAAGCUUGGCAGUCUGUAA